AUGUGCCGAGCUCCGUCUUACCGUGAAGCAGGAUGCGGAACAUGUCGAACCGCCCGCAUCAAGUGUGACGAGACGCGGCCGUACUGCACGCAGUGCGGCCGUCGCGGCGUAGCGUGCAGCGGCUAUCAGGUCCAGCUCAAGUGGGUUGAGAUCAGCGACAUCGACCCGGAUCCCCGACGUCCGGUCAAGAGCAUCAUCAAGCCGCGAAGCUCGUUGACGGUCGGCCCGUCCAGGACGUCCGCCGGGUGUCGGAAGACAACCGGUCCGCCCCCGUCGAUUCCACGGAAUCCGUCCCCCGGCCCGCGCCUCCACUCCUCGUCGGACGUCUACAUCUUCACUCACUGGGCCGAGUCCCUUCCAGACCUGGUAUACCCCAACCCCGACGAGUACGCCAGCAUACGCGGCCCCUAUCUCGCCUUCGUGUUGAGGAACAACUCCGUCCUCCUGCCGGCCGUCCUCGCCGCCGGGGCCUCCCACCUCCACACCUUGGGAAUCGCUACGCCGACCGAUGUCCUCGAGAGGAAACAAAAGGCGCUCGCCAGCAUGGUGGCCUGCGUGAAGCAGUCCGCCUUGUCCUUCGCGCACAAGACACUGCCGGUCUACCUGACCGAGGAAGCCAUCGCCGCGACCUCGGCACUGGUCGGCCUGGAGGUGAUGCAAGGGUCGCCUACGUCGUCCAUCGUACCCCUUCUGAGGGGCAUGAAGGCCCAGCUGGAAGAGAGACGGCGGGCGAUACAAGGAAAGGGCGGCGUUUUCCACGUCGAUCAGCCGACUCCCAUGCUUGCGAUAAACACAAAGAUGAUGGCCUACAUCGACGCGUUGUGCUGCGUCCCAUGCGCGAGGAAGCCGGUCUUCGAUCAUCGGUUCUGGCGAGACUUCGUCGUGCCUCACUGCCACGUCUCCUUCGACGGGGGUCCCGACAUUGUCUUUGGCUACUCGACGCACAUUCUUCCCUUGAUCGGGGACUCGGCGUCUCUGGUCAGCGACCUGAUCAAUAAAAGGGUGACGCCGGAGGAGUUCGUCCAGUCUCGACGCCGGCUACUAGAGGCGCUCGAUUUCUGCCGCCGAGAUCUGCCGCCAGUCCGACAUCAACCGGGCUGUGCCGAGCACCUGGUCGCCUCGGCCGGGAGUCUCCAGAUAAGGGACUCAAACGCCUGCCUUGCGGCAGCCCUGGCACAUGGCCUCGCGACGCAGGUUUUCCUGCUCCGCGCGGACGAGAACGACCCGAGCACGCUACGGACAGAACGGCCGUUCAAGCACCCGUCGGCGUUGGCCGAGCAGCUUUCAAGUACGAUCGCUGCUGUGCCCAUCGCCACGCAUGCUGCCACCAUGAUGAUAUGGCCGCUGUUCGUGCUCGGGUGUGAGAGCGCGGCGACGAGUGCGAGGCGGUGCCUGGUGGAGGGGUGUUUGGAGAGCAUGCUGGCUAAACACACGAUGCUGAACAUUUCUGUCGCCCUCGAGCUGCUGCGUACCAGGAUUUGGAAGGAUGGCAGGAGAGAAAGGAAACCAAGCCAUGAGGAGAGUUGUCUGCUUCACGAGGAAGACCCUCCAUCACCGCCGCAAUCCCAAUCCGACUGGGUCAGGUUGUGCUGGAGAGAGAAGCUGGAGCUGUGUUCGGCGUAA